CGUAAGUUUACAACCCAAAUUUACUGCCAUCUCUUUGAUAGACAAAAAUUGUUUUUUUAAAGUUUCAGUUACUGGGUGACAAAAGUCAAUAAGAAGGAAUGGACGCACCAAUAACUUCCGAUGAAGUACGUCUUAUAUUCAGUCAAAUUGACAAAAAUCACAAUGGGUUUGUUACACCACGAGAACUGAAGUCAUUUUUCAGAAGACACGAUGCGAAGUUUGACCGGAGAGAGAUCAAAGAAUUUGUCAGCAGGCUCGAUGGUGAUGGAGAUGGUCAAAUCAGUUUGCAAGAAUUAACUCGAGGACUUACUGGGAGAUAUUGAAUAGUACAAAGAACAACUUCCAUUAUAAAAAACCUUAUCACUAAACAUGUACUCAAUCAAACAUUUCUCUAACUUCCUAAAUGCUUUUGAUGUUUUGAUGAUUAUUUUGUCCAACUUACUGAUUUCAAAAUGGCCGAUGAAAUUUUUUUGUGAUACUUAAGUAGAGUUCUAUACAAGA